UACAUAAAUAAGAAAUUGUUUCCAAAUUGAAAAUAAAAGUUUUAUUUAUGUUCACGUUUUAUAUUUCAUUAAAAAAAAUUGUGUGAUGGUUUAUUUCUUUGGACUGGAUGGGAAAUUGGUUUUGUCAGUGAUAAUUUUAAUAUUUUUAUAUUAUGUUGCAUGGAUUUUUUCUCCAUUUAUAUUAGUUGAAGACGAUAACUUGAUAGACAAAUUUUUUGGUCCUAUAAAUUUAGCUUUUGCUAUUCCAGUAACAUUUGGAGUUGUAUUCAUUUCAAGCGUUGCUAUAUCCACAAUAUCUUGCUGUUGGAAAUAUAUUGUUUAGUUUAAUUAAAUCUAAGCAUAUAAGAUGUCAGAGGACGAAAAUUCAAGUAGUAAUUCUGAGCAGAAAAUAAUUUUUAAGAGAAAAAUUAAAAAAAAUUUGCGUCAAAGAAGGCAUUCAGAAGAGGAAGAUGAAAAAUCGGAAGAAGAUAACAGUUUAGAAAUAUUAUCUAAGCUCUCCGAAACAAAAGAAAGGCAAAAAUUAAGAACGCGACCGCAUGGUGUUAGUAUAAUUGGUUUAGCUAUAGGAAAGAAGUUGGGUCCAGAAGAAGAAUUAACUAUAAAAGAUCCUUUCAAUGCAAAAACUGGUGGAAUGGUUAAUAUGCAAGCUUUAAAAUCGGGCAAAAUAAAAGAAACCGUUGAUGAUGCAUACGAUGUUGGUAUAGGAACUCAGUUUUCGGCAGAAACAAAUAAACGUGAUGAAGAUGAAGAAAUGAUGAAAUAUAUUGAACAACAACUUAAAAAAAGAAAAGGAGUUAAAACAGAUGAUUUUAAAGAUGGUGGUGAUGAUAAUCAAAAAUAUUUAUCACCAGAAGAUGCUGCUCUUUAUGCUUUACCAGAUCAUUUAAGACAAAGUUCAACAAAUCGUUCAGAAGAAAUGUUAUCAAAUCAAAUGCUUAAUGGUAUUCCAGAAGUUGAUUUAGGUAUUGAAGCUAAAAUAAAAAAUAUUGAAGCAACAGAAGAAGCAAAACGUAAAUUAGUACAAGAUCAACGUAAUAAAAAAGAUGGUCCAUCACAAUUUGUUCCAACUAAUAUGGCUGUAAAUUUUAUGCAGCAUAAUCGAUUUAACAUAGAAGAAUCUGAACCACCAAAAAAGAAAAAAAUAAAUACUAUUGUAGAUGCUGAAAAACCAGCUGGACAGAAAAAAGCAACUGAUGAUUAUCAUUACGAUAAAUUCAAAAAGCAAUUCCGAAGAUACUAAGAGAAAUUAGGAUAAUUUAUAAUUGUAUAUUUUUUGAGGACAUAAUAAUAAAAUUAAUUGAUUAUGGAAAAUUUA